AUGUCAAAAUAGCAAAAUACAGAAGAAGUAAAUCUAUUAAAAAACAAUAGAAGUAGAAGCUAUGAAGAGUAAAGCUUAUACGAAAGACACAAUGACUCUUUAAUGAUUCUUUUUUGGCUUGUGCUAGUAAUAAUUUAGUGGAAUUGUUUGAGUGAAACAUUAGAUAUCAUCGAGCUUAAAGAUUAGAAUUCAACUCAUUUAUAAGUUGGAAUAAUAGGAGAAAUUAUUAUAAAUCUAAUCUUUACCUUUGACUUUUUCUUUUUCAAAAAAGAAAAUUAUAAGUCCUUAUAGCUAUACUCUGGGCUAUAUCUUGGGAUAGACUUCUUAGCAGGUCCUGUUGCACUUAUAGGUGAUAUAAUAAGCUUAAUUUUUUAUAGGAGAUUGAAUAUUUACUCUACAAUUUUUAGAAGUUUGAAAGCUUUAAGCACAAUUUAAGCAAGAAGAGUUUUUAGUAAGAUUGCUUAGAUUCUACCUCGUGUAAAAGACAUGUUCUUAUGUUUAUUCUGCGUUUUUUACUUAUUUACAUACAUUGCAACUUAUAUGUAUGGUGAUCUAUUUAGAAAGCAAUACUAUUUUAACUCUAUUGGCUUCAGUUUUUUCACAAUGUUACAAAUCAUGACAUUAGAUGGAUGGGGAGAAGUAGGAAGAGAUGUCUUGAGAAAGUAAAGCACACUAAGCGCUUUCUUCUUAGUUAUUUUUGUCUUCAUUAUGGGUUAUUUCUUUUGGAAUAUCUUAAUUGGGUUCAUAUUAGAAAUACUAAGAUCAUUAGAUUAAGAACAAGAUAAUGGAAAGUAGUCACCAAAUAACAUUCUUAGCGAAAUUAAAUAGUAAGAAGAUGGCAUCAAUUAAAGUAUAAGCUUGGAAUAAAAUAAACUUUCAUAACCUAAUGAAGUAGGAAUGAACUCAAGCAAUAAAGUUGACUUAAUUGGAAAAGAAAAUUAAAAUUAAAAAAACCUUAAUCUGUAGAAAAAAGCUAAAACAUCAUCUGAUGAGAAUAGUGAGAAUUAGGACGACUCAGACUAAGAAAAACUUGCAAGAUUAAUUUAAAACGAAAAUCAGAGCUUUUUCGAGCAUCUUUGCUUUGGAAGUCUUUACAACAAAAUUGUUAUGGGCUUAUAUUUUUUGGUUCUACUUAACACCUUCUUUAAUGAAGAUUUGCAAAAUAUUGACGGACUAUUUUCUGAAACAGUUCACACCACCACCAGCUUUAUCUAUACCUUGCACACAAUACUUUUAUACACUUAAGACUCAUAUUCAUUUUAGAUUGAGCGCAAGCAUACAUGGAUGAUGUUUUUCCAUAUCAUAAGUGGUCCUGUUGCACUAAUUUUUGACAUUAUAUCUCUUUCUCUUUCAGGAAAUAUUGGAUUCGGUGGAAUUCUUAAGCUUUUUAAAGUAUUUACUGUUACCAGAGAAACAAUAAUGGGAGCUGUUAUGAUUUUCCCUACUCUCCUACCAGCUUUCUUGGGUAUUAUAUCUAUUAUAUUCUUACUAGCUUUGUGGGCAUUGAACUACUUAAAAUAAGUAGAAAAUUAUUGGACUGACUUUGUUACCAGUGUUUAUACUUUUGUAUAGAUCUUAACUUUAGAUGAUUGGGCAGCUAGACUAAUUAAAGAUUUGUUCAAGCAAGAGAGGUACUUAGUUCCCAUAGUAUUUGUAGGAUUUAUUUUUGUUGCAAAUUACUUUUUCUUAAAUAUGAUGAUUGCCUUCAGUUGUGAGACGUUUAAAAAAAUUACCAAUGAAGAUUAUGUUUAUAGAAACUAACGUAAGUAAUUAGACUUUUAUGAGUAAGAAGAUAAAGCAGUUUAAGGAAGUGCUUAUCAUUCUUUGUAGGAAUUAUAUAGUGAUUUGGAAGUGAUAAAAGGAUCUCAUUUGAACAAGCAAGCUUAUCAUCAUAUAAUUGAUAAUGGUCCAGAGAAAGAAAUAGAUCAAAAUGAAAAAUAGAUUUAUCAGUUACUUUUAGAAGCUAAGUAUGGGUCUGUAAAUUUGAACUCUAAUAUUACAUUUAAGUUAAAUGGAAAAACUGUAAAUUUAAGAUAAAAAGAUUUGUCUCAUCUUAAAUUCAGUUUAUGUAGCCCUAACUUCGAAGCAUCAGAUAGUGGCGAAGAAAAUAAUUCUAAAGUUUGA